GGUCACCUCGGGUCGUCCGUAUGUUUUACUCUCAACGCUUUUAUUGUUACGCUGCACUUCACAGCAGUAAUUACUCCAAGAUAUAGUUUUUACUACAGUUAGUUAUCAUGAUUCGUUUUGUAACUACAAAAACAAAUCCAUACUGUCUCACUGUUGUUCAAAAGUAUGAUUAUGAAAAUUAUCUAUGUUCAUUGUUGCUUCCUGAUUCAAGACGUAAUUUUGCUUUGGCUUUAAGAGCUUUCAACGUGGAACUAGCUCAGAUAUGUGAUCGAUCGGAGAAUUUGGCGCAAGCUAAAUACCGGUUUCAAUUUUGGAGAGAUAUUAUUGAAUAUCUAUUUGAUGAUAAUUCCAAUAAUUCCACACCAUAUCAUACUCCUCUUGAGCGUGAGCUUAAAGAAUCAGUUUCAGGUCUAACAUUAUCGAAACAACGUUUCUAUCAACUAAUCAAUUCAAGGGAACGAUAUUUCAAUAGUUUCUCUUUUCCUACAUGCAAAGCAGCAGAAUCAUAUUUUGAUGAUGCUUAUGUUCCGAUUCAUUGUUUACUAUCUGAAGCAUAUGGUUUCGAAAUGACUUCAAUCAAUCCAUUGCUUAAUCAUUUGGGACGAGCUCAAGGUAUGGUCAAUAUGUUACGGAGUUCCGUUUUAUUAGCGAAACAUAAAAAUGUUCUAUUAUUUCCUUUGGAUUUAUUAAAUCAAUAUAAUUUAACCCAAGAACAUGUACUAUGCUUUCUGCGUAACAAUAAUAAUCCUUCAACUACAACAACCACAACCACAACCACAAUAGAUAGUACAUCCAAUGAAAAAUCUAUUCAACAAUUAACACAUCAUAUUGCUUCAUUAGGUCAUUAUCAUGCUAAAUGUGUUACACAAUUAAGUAAUGAAUUAAUUCACAAAUCAUUCAUUACACCAACAUUGAAAUCAAUAAAAUUAAAAGAAAAAGAUUUACAACAAAAAUAUUUGUUACAAAAUAUUCUUCCCAAAUUAUUAUUACCUUUAUUGCCAAUUAAUAAUUAUUUAAAUUAUUUAAGUUAUACAGUAAAUUUUGAUUUACGUUUAAAUGAGAAAUUCACUAAUAGUUUAUUACCAUUACAAUUAUGUUGGAAUGCAUGGUGGAAUAAUGUACCGAAAGAACCGCGAGCUUAAAUUGUUUUUGAAUGAAUAUUUUCAUAUAUUGUAGUGAAGGAGAACACAGGUAUGAGGGCAAUCGAAUUGUAUAUUUAACGAAAAUUACAGAGUUAGUUACUCAGUAAAAUAAUAGGAAAACCAUAUAUCGUCAAUCGUUGUUAAUUUGCAAAACAUCAAUCCAUUGUUUGACAUUUCACUCACUAUUCAUACGUUUCACAUACAAAUUCCAUUGUGUUUUCGCACUCUUCUUGCUAUCUUGUUGAUCUUCCCCACCCAUCUUCUGCUGCUAGACGUGACGUUUUUAGUCGCGUCAUAUAAUACUACUUAUAAGGAGUGCGCACCACAAUAUGUGUAAUAAAUAUGGAUGAAAAUAUUGGAAUGAUGAUAUGCUGCUUAUUUAGUAGUGUUAGAUUUGAUUGAGUCCAAAAAAAAUAUAUUGUAAAUAAUUUUGAUUUUUU